GGUGAUAUUACAAAGCUUUGUGAUAGACUGCGCAUUUGUAUCGAAUCUAGAAGUGCGGUGGUCGAGUUAACCAUUUAUAUUAAAAAAGACAAUAUAAUUGAUUAUUCCUGCUCAUCAGAUUAUAAUUCACAAUGGCGAGCCACGAUUUCCCAGUGGCUGUCAUUGGAAUGGCGGUCAAGCUUCCGGGAGCAAACAACUGCAGUGAAUUCUGGGAUCUGAUGGUCAAUCAAGAGGACACCGUAUCUACGUUCCCCGAGGAAAGAGCUGCAGAUAUUGAACACAUCCUUCCAACGUUUAAAGGUCAGUUUGUCGAUGAUUCUAAUCCCUUCUUCACGGGUUCCUUUUUUCAAUCAGUAGACCAUUUUGAUGCCGAUCUGUUUGGCGUCAACCCGAAGGAAGCUAUGUUCAUCGAACCGGAACAGAGAAUAUUUCUGGAGACAGUCUGGGACUUACUGGAAGAUGCCGGUUACGCUUCUAAGAUUAGAAACUCUAACACAGGGGUAUACGUAGGAAACACUGUUAACAAAUACAAAUACAUUCUGACAGAAAACCACCCUAGUAUCUCCCAUGGGAACCACAGUCCCUUCAUCUCGUCUAGGGUAUCCUACACAUUUAACCUCAGUGGGCCAGCUAUGAUGGUUGCGACUGGCUGCUCUUCUUCCCUACUUUCUGUCCAUCUGGCUUGUCAGGGACUGCUGUCCGGAGACUGCGAUAUGGCCAUCGCUGGUGGUAUUACCCUUGACCUUUUACCUAUCAGUCUGAAGACGGAUAUAUGGAACCAACUAGGAAUAACGUCGCCAAAUGCUAAAUGUCGGGCGUUUGAUGCUAAGGCUAAAGGAAUAGCGAAGGCGGAAGGAUGUGGAGUAGUUCUAUUAAAGCCAUUAGAAAAGGCGAUUGCUGACGGUGACAAUAUAUACGGAGUGCUUGAAGCUACAACUGCAAACCAAGACGGACAUUCCCAGGGAAUUACGGCGCCCCAUCCAGGAGCACAAUCCAACAUGCUAAUAAAAGCCUGGGAGCUUGCGUCCAUAACGCCAGAUGCACUUGGGUACAUAGAAGCACAUGGAACUGGGACAGAACUCGGAGAUCCCAUCGAAAUAAUGGGAAUAACGAAAGCUUACCAAAAGAUGGCGAAGAAGACGACUGCCAAGAACGAAAAAAUACCGAUUGGAUCUGUAAAGGCGAAUAUUGGACAUCUUGCAGAUGGCGCUGCGGGCGUGGUAUCCCUGAUCAAAGUACUUUUAUGCCUGAACAAAAACUGCAUUCCACCGGUCGCAAACUUCUCAACUCCUAACCCACAUAUUAACUGGGAACGAGCGCCCGUAGUGGUAAAUGAGAAACUUAGAGGAUGGGCAAGUAAGGGAUCCCAGUUACGUUACGGUGGCGUUAGUGCCUUUGGUCUUCUUGGGACAAACGUACACGCUGUCGUCAAAGAAUACAAACCAAAACCGACUGUUUAUCACCCCAUGACCUCGAAUACACCACAAUUACUAUGCCUUGCGGCAAAGUCGAGGAAAAGCUUAGAGGUAUUUGUCACAAGUAUAUUGAAGUACCUUCAAGAAAAUAUUGACAUGUCACAUGAACAUUUUUGCAGACUGUGUUUCACCCUGAACACCGGAAGAGAACAGCGGACAUUUCAAAACCGUUUGGCUAUAGUUUCAAAUAACUCAUCAGACCUGAUAAAAGCACUUCAAACCAAUACGUUUGCGUCCACAAGCAAGAGGUUAGACGAUAAGAGUAUAUUUGUUAGGCCAACAACAGAACAAUCUGACACUAUUGACACAUUUUUAAAUGGAAAUGUAAUAGAUUGGAAAGUAUACUAUGCAAACAUGAGUGAUGCUUUGAAAAUACCCAUCGGAAUGCUUCCAACAUAUGCAUUUGAGAAGAUAAGGUACUGGCCAGAUGUUUCCCAAACUUUAAACAAGCAAUAUUUGAUACUUGAACACCAGAUACUAAUCGAUAACGAAAACCAUGCUGAAGUCGACCAAACACAAACCGACAAAGAUAUGCAGGACAUAACCAACGAAAAUGUUAAAGAUACAUACAAUAUUCUGAGUAAAGCUUUCGACAAAGCUUUGGGCAAUCAUUACGACUGGGUGGAGGAAGGAGAAACAAACCUUUUCGACCUCGGGGUCGAUUCUCUAGUGUUUACUCAUUUAAAAAUGCACUUGGGGCAAGUCCUCGACAACUCAGCGAUCAUGUUUACGCAGGCAGACCUUCACUCCCGACCAACGUUUAACGGAAUCUGCAGAUUCCUUAAAGACAAGUUGGAUACUAAUAACCAGUCGAGACUAGCAGAUUUAUCAACAGGCGCAAACCAUGUCGCAAGCGAUGACGAAAUUAACGAAUGUUAUGGUCAAAAUGAAAACAUUCGACUUUCAUAUUCUCAAAGACGACUGUGGGUCAUAGAAAAGAUGGAUAAAGCAGGAAGUACAUAUAAUGCAACAAACUGCUUGAAGAUUACUGGAGAUUUGGAUGUUGAUGCUUUCAAACGAUCUGUGAAUACUGCAUUGGGAAGGCAUGAUGCAUUUUUUAUGACUGUUCAAGAAAUUAAUUCGGAGCCCCACAUUGUGUACAACUGGGACAGUGUAGUAGAAGUGGACGAGAUAGACUUAACUUCCUCGUUCGGAAACCCUGAAGACGCAGUAAUGCUUAGUUAUGAGACAGACUACAAAGUCUCAUUUAAUCUAUCUGAAGGACCUCUGGUGAGAGUUAAACUGUAUAGACUCGGAAGCAACCAGUAUAUAUUUACAAUGGUGAUACAUCACAUCAUCUUCGAUGGGUGGUCACAUUUUGUCUUGUACAAUGAAAUAUGGGACAACUACAGGCAAUGCCUUAAAGGUCAAACGUUGGAAACGGAGAUGCAUUUGCCAAUGGCGUGCACAUUUUCCAAACAGGAAUAUGACGAAUCCUUAUCUCAACGUUCGAGGAUAAAUAAGGAUGUCCUCUACUGGAUACAUAAACUUGCUUCUCCACUUCCACUCACAACGUUCCCCGGUGAUCGAAAAAGGCCAGACACCUUUACCUUCGAAGGAGGUAGAUUAACCCGAUUCAUCGACAUGAAUGUAUUCAAGAAACUUCAUAGUUGCGUACAAGAACCUCAUACUAUGUUCCAUUCCAUACUAGCUUCCGUGUUUGUUUUACUUCAAUACUUCAACCCAACACAAAGCGACUUUGUCGUAGGAAUACCAGUCACCGGGAGGCAGGUGAUCGAAAUGCGCGGUGUGAUUGGCUGUUUCAUAAACACCCUUGUUAUUCGGGUAUCCUCUGACAAAACCAAAUCGUUUUCAGAAAUCCUACAAUCGGUUGUAAAGAAUUGUCUCGAGGCUCAAGAACACCAGUUGGCGCCAUUCGAUCACAUCGUCAGCAAACUUAGGCUCCCAAGAAAUACAAGCAUCACGCCUGUUUUUAGCGUCAACGUUUGUUUUCACAACGAGGAAUUGAAGCAUGGUUACAUUAAACCACCAAACAGUCUGGGUAUUGAAAGAAAACUUCUACACAAUGGCACAUCGAAAUGGGAUGUUCAGUUCGACUUUUUAGAAGAAGAUGAUAAAAUGAGAUUUACAUUGGAGUAUUACAAGGGCAUUUUCUCCGAAAGCUAUGCUGAACUUGUAGCAGACAUGCUUCUUCAAACUAUAGAGAUUGCGACUGAGACACCAUAUGUUCCUCUCACAAACACUCAUAUAGGUGAAUCAUCUAUAAUGGUUGGGCCAAAGGUUUGUCUAGGUAAUCAUUCUUUAUCGGAUGUCCUUAUUGAGAGCAUGGAUAUGUAUCCAGAGUCAGUGAUACAGGACCAAACUGGUGCAUUGCACACAUACAAAACACUGAAAAGGGAUUCGAUUCAAAUAUCAAACUUUCUCAUAAGCACAUGUGGAUUACGCAAGGGUGAUCAUGUUGGAUUGCUAUUCGAGAACUCGUAUGAAGGCUUACGAGUGAUAGUAGCAUGCUUAAUAACUGGGAUCAUCUAUGUACCGCUAAAUCCAGACAAUCCAAAAGCAAGAUUGGAACAAAUCGUCCGAAGCUCAAAAAUCAAACUGAUUUGUUUUUCAAAAUACGCGAUUGCCAUGGCGAGCUAUCUCCAAUGGUCGUGCGAAGAAAUGGGAAGCAUUUUCUGCAUCGAUGGUAAGGAUCUUAAGAAAGCUACCGAAACCUAUGAAAAUCCUUUAAUGGACAAAGAGCUGUGGAACUGCGUCGCAGAGGAAUCAACGACUGACAUUGAAGGUGGUGGAUGGAAAAGUUCAUUCACUGGAGAACACAUGACGAAGGAAGAAAUGAAAGACUACGUCAAUAAUGUAGUCAGGAAACUUGAGAAACAUGUCGACCCCGAUUCUACAGUCUUAGAAAUCGGUUGCGCAUCUGGAUUGACCACUAAGGCCCUUUGCUCAAAGGUUAAGACGUAUGUUGCGACUGAUAUAUCGGAGACAAUGGUAGGAAAGCUUCGAGAACAAAGCCUUGAACACGUGACAACAUUUUGCGUUCCUGCACAUGAGAUCGGAAAUGCAUUCAAGGACAACAAAUUUGAUUUGAUUAUCCUCAACAGCGUCGUUCAUUGUUUUCCGGGAUAUAAUUACCUCAGGAAAGUGCUUCAAGAAUCUGCGAAGUUGCUGACACCUAAGGGAAAGAUUUUCGUAGGGGAUGUAAUGGAUUUGAAAAAGCGAGACGACCUGGAAUUUGCAUUGAAGUCCUUUAAGGCAGCGAAUCAAAAAUAUAGGACAAAAACGGAUUUAAGUUCCGAAUUGUUUGUAUCAAGAGAAUUCUUUGAAAACGUUGAUGACACUUUACCAACUGUAGUCGUUUCAGCUAAAUACGGAACUGUGGAAAAUGAACUGACCAAAUACAGAUAUGAUGUUCUUUUAACAAAGGAAGUCAAAUUUGUAUCGGGACAGCACUCCAUAAAAAAACAAAUAUUGUCUGUGAACGACGUUGAUUUCGUUAAGGAUGAACCACAUGAUGUUCCAAACGUAAAUCUAGAUGACGAUGCAUACGUCCUCUUCACAUCAGGCACUACCGGUACUCCAAAAGGUGUUCGAAUUAGCCAGAAAGCUCUGCUGAAUUAUUGUACAUGGGCGGCGUCGGCAUAUUGCCUGAACCCAGAGUCUAAGAUACCUUUGUUUUCACCCCUUACCUUCGAUUUCACGGUGACCAGUAUUAUACCACCUCUACUGAAAGGAUCAACCAUUGAGAUAUUCAAACCAUUUGCAGAUUCAUAUGAAGACAUAGCCAAAUCCACCUCACUGACAGUGGCAAAGUUUUCCCCGCUACAGCUGGAAAGUAUUCUUGCAUCAGCAUCAAUGCCUCUGCCCAUUGACACGUACAUUAUUGGGGGCGAGGAAGUAACGUACGCACUAUUAAAGAAGCUUAUGGACAACAAGCAAGGCGCGCCGUUCAAGGUUUGGAAUGAAUACGGGCCCACAGAAGCAACAGUUGGAUGCGUUGUACAGUGUAUUGACAGCACAGAAAUAAUGGAACUUGAAGACGAAAACAUUCCUAUUGGACAGCCAAUCAACAAUGUGACUGUAGCUGUUGUGGAGGGUGGCAAGCCUGUUCCACUAGGUACGAAGGGAUUCUUGGCUAUUGGUGGACCAUGCCUGACAAACGGCUUUCUCAAUUCAAUGAAAGAAACUAGAGAAUCUUUUACAACAUCUUGUUGGGGUCAAGAUGGGUCUUUAAUGCUCACAACAACAGAUAUUGUAGAGUGCAAUCCUGGCAAAGAACGAAUGUUUUACUUCGGUCGGGACACCACCAGCAUUACAAAGAUAAAUGAAAUGAGGGUUGAUAUAUCUGAAGUUCAAUCAGCAAUUCGAAAAGUUGCUUUUGUUGAAGAGGCAUGGGUAUUUCCAUUUGAGUUGGAUGGAUCCGUAUUUUUAGGAGCUGCCACCAAACUUGUAAAACAUGCAAACUAUACUGAUGAAGAUUUGAAAAGUAUUAUCACCAAAGACCUUACGCAGACACUGCCGAUAUAUUGUAUACCAAAUGUAUUUGUGCAGCUUAACGAACCCCCGACAAACAAGAAUGGAAAGACAGAUGUAAAUGCUCUAAAGGCUCUCUUUAUUUGUGGCAUGGAGAAGUCAAAAGAACCUGAAGAUUGUCUGCCUAAUGACACAGAACGUAAAGUACAGAAAAUAUGGCAAGAAAUACUCCCAAUAAAAAGAUUACCGGGCUUGACCGAAGAUUUCUUCUUUGAACUGUCUGGUGAUUCACUUCAAGCGAUCCAUCUCGUAAGGAAGCUACGGAAUGCAGGAUUUAAUCUCACGGUUAACGAUAUUUUUAAAAAGCCAACAAUAAAAGCCUUAUGCAGAUCUCUUUCUGAGAUCAACACUGAAAGAAUCAAACCGAAAGAGACAUAUGCUACUUACGAACCAUUCCGACCAACACCUAUCGCGGAGAGAUACAUGCUUACAAAAAAAGAGUCGGAUAGAUUCGCUGUACCCGCAUUAUUAGAAUUCAGAAAACCAGUGAAACUCGAAUUCAUACAAAAAGCCCUACAAGCCGUUAUGGUCAAACACAACAGUUUGUCGUCCAGGUUCUUCGUUGAGAAUGACCACGUGUUUCAACAAUACGUUGAUGUUGGUGACAAACCGUCUGUCAUUGAAGCCACACUGUCCAAAGAUUUUAAAAGAUUCGUCGAAGAUCCAAUAUUUCAAAAGACAUGUGAUGAUUUAGAACAUCAGCUUGACAUUGACAAGGGGAACCUUUUGAAUGCAGCCGUUUUUCGAUCUGACGGUAUAAACUACUGUUUGAUCGUGAUUCAUCACAUUACCGUUGACAUUGUUUCUUGGCAGCAACUUUUAGAAGAUCUCAUUCUGGCUUUGGAACAAGUCAAUACAGGCAAACUGCCAUUAUUAUCGAAUGCCUCCACCCCUUUUCACAGAUAUUGUGCAGAACUUUGGCAAGAAGGGAAUGGCUGUCCAAAAGAAGAAAUAGAUUAUUGGACAGCGGUUACAGAAACAUAUAAACAUGAUAAUUUAUUUCAACAAGAGACAAAAGAUUCGCUUUACAUUUCCGCGAAAUGGGAAAGUCAAUCGAUAGAUGCUGAAACUGUGCGGCACUUGUCUAUAGCAAUAGGAAGCACAGAUGAGUCCGUUAUUCUUACGGCUUUUGGCCAGUCGUUUGCAAACCUCGAAGGAACAUCGUUAACUGUCUGUCUCGAAAGUCACGGCCGCCAAAUACAUCUUGAUUCCACGGACACAGUUGGAUGGUGCACGAGCAUGUUUCCUUUUACUAUAAACGCAAAGGCCGGUGAUGAUUUCAUUGUCGCCGCAAGAAAAGUGCAAGAUGACAUCAAACAAAUUCCAUUGCAUGGAUUGCGAUAUGGACCAGCUGUCGGCGUUGGUAAGGUCGAGUCCGCAUUGCCGAAAACUAUGUUUGUAUUUCAAGGAUCGCUGGAUGCAUCGUCAAAGGUGGAGUUUCAAGCCGGUGAUGCCUCAUUCAAAUACCUGCCGUGGGUCGAGGUACUGACACAUGAUCUUGAGCAUGGUCAUUACCAUAGAGAUGACAAUGACAUUUUGGACUUCCCUUUGGAGGUGAUAUGUUGGUUUCAUAGCGACAACCUAAGAAUCGGGUCUCUAUUCGAUAGUAAGAAGAUACCAAGCGAAUGGGUUCAGAGGUUGUUGCAGACCAUGAAAAUUACUAUUUUGGAAGAGAGCCGAAAAUUGAAUUCAACUACUGCAAAAUGUGAAUUGUCUAUAGAACCUGUUAUUCAUAACCAGUCUGCACAAACUGAAGUUCAAGCUCAGAAGAAAGACAGCACUUUGAAGAAAUCCAGAUCGGUCCAAGUUCUGUCAAAUAUUAUGAUAGACCCUGAAACACUUUCACUCAUGAAAGCCAUUCUAGCUGGCCAACGUCUCGAAAAUACGGAAAUCGUACUCAAAGAUCCAUCAGAUUUCUAUCAUUCCCUACUGCAGGAGAAACCGGCAAUGUAUUUUCUUACAUUUGUUUUAAUACGGUGCACCAAUAGCAGACAAACAGAUGAAAUACAAGAGGCAUUGAAGAUUUUUUCAAAGCAAAAUGAAGGAACUGAUGACAGAUUGGUCAUUCUAAGCUUGGAAAACAUUCCGCAUUCCAUUUCGUUGAACGUCGACAAAAUAUCAAGUUCUGAAGUUCUAACUGUACAUUUUGAAAAAGGAGAGUGUGAUAUCAAUUCUGGUGAAGAUUUCAAUAUACCUUUAACAAGACAAGGGUAUGUACGCUUAGCUCUUGCCAUGGCGAGAACAGUAACUGCCUGUUUGAAGCCGUCUGAUGCGAAAGUUAUAUGUGUAGAUGGUGAUUAUACACUAUGGGACGGCGAGUGUGCCAACAAUGAUGUGAGAAUAACGGAGGCAAAUUUAUAUUUUCAGAGUUUUCUGCUUCAAAAGAUGCAUGAAGGGUUUUUGCUUGUGUUGCUUAGCAAAAACAGGCAACAGGAUGUGUUAGCCAUACUUGAGAACAAAGAAAUGGUGCUUAAACAAGAUCAUUUUGUUCAUUUAGCCAUCAAUUGGGAACAAAAACACGAAAAUAUACGAUAUGUUUCUAAGGUACUAGAUCUCAAUUUACAAUCAUUCGUCUUUAUAGACGACAGUGUCGCUGAAUGCGAACAUAUGCUGCGAGUUCAUCCACAAGUAAAAACGCUUCGAAUUCCAACCGAGCAAAGUCUCGUUAAAGCCUUUACAUCAUCACUGUGGAUCUUUGACAAGAUUGACAUUACGAGUGAAGCGACAAACAGGACUGAUUUGUACAGAAGUGAAGUAUCUAGACUAGCCGGGAACGUGUUACCAAGGUCAAAUGAAGAAGCAACGAACGAAACAUUUGAUUUGACGUCACUUUUUGAAAGAUGGGGCAUGAAAAUGCAGAUCUGGAAGACAUGUAUACGAGAUUUAAAAACAUAUCCUGAAGUCUCAAAACGAGUCGCAGAACUCCUUUACAGAACUAAUCAGUUUAAGCUGAAUGAUAGUCAUGUCAGGCUUGAGGACUUUAGGGACGACUCGGAAUGCCUAGUGGUGUCUUUAAAAGACGAAUAUGGUAACUAUGGCAUCAUUGCAGUCAUUAUAUUUGGGAAGGUUGCGUCCAUUGAAACUAUUAAGCAAUGGGUUAUGAGCUGCCGAGCUCUUGGUCGAAAGAUCGAGGAAAGAUUGUUGUAUGAAAUAAUUCACAACACAAUCAGGAGCAAGAAAAAGGUUUGUCUCCAAUUUGAAAGGACUGAGAAAAAUAUCCCGAUGCAAAACUUCCUCAAUCAGUUUACUAACUACCUAGAAAUUACCACAGGGGCUUUGGUUUUGGAAGAAGAAAUGGUCUGCACUACCAAAAGAAUAUUGAAUCUGCAUCAGGUAAGCAUCACUUCUGAUCCAUCAUCCCUGCUCCUUCCUAAAAGCCAAAGCAAUGACGGCGUUGGACAAUCUCACAGGUCGGUUAUAUCCGCCAACAUUAGUAUUCUCAAAGAUUUCAGUAGAUGGUUGCGAUUCCAGUUAUCACCCGAACAUAUGGAUCACAUCUCCAAAAACAGCAUAUUACCCUCUUUCUUACUUGAUGAAAACCGUGUCAUACUGGAAGAGAGCUGCACAAAUAUUACCAAUGCUGCAAAAACGGUUGAACAACUAUGGAUGGAAAUUCUAAAAACGAAAGAAACACCGAGCAGUCUCGACAAUUUUGUGAAACAAGGUGGAAAUUCAUUUCAAGCCGUAUUUCUCAUUUCCGAAAUCCUAGCACAUUUUGGCAUCAAAGUUGAGCUGAUUGACAUACUAACAAAGUCAUAUUCCUGGCUCAAUAAACACAUCCAAAAUAGGGAUUUGAAUAAGCAAACAGACAAAAAGGCAAAACUCGACUCAGGUGAGAUAGAAUUGUCGCAAGCACAAAAGAGAAUGUGGAUGUUACAGAGCUCUUCUGAAAGCUCUACAGCAUACACGGAAACAAUUGCACUGCAGAUAGAAACAGAUAAAUCACUAGAUGAAAUUGUAUCACACCUGACCAGGAAGCAUCCUAUUCUUCUUGCAAGAAUAGAUGCGUCUGCAAGUUGUUUGCAUAUUGUUGAUUCCAUAGCCAGUUUAAGUGAACGAAAAUUCAAAAACUUUGAUGACCUUAUGAGCUACAUAUCACUAGGUAAGCCAGUAUUUGACAAAGCAGAGGAACCUUUGACUAAAUUUAUGGAAAUGAAAUGCGGGGCUAUGAAGGUAUUUGUCAUGCACGUCCACCAUUUACUUGUUGACGACAUUACACUCCAAAAUAUCAAGAUAUCAGUGAGGCGUUUGAUUAAAACUCCAACUCUUUCUUCAAGAAAGAAUAUUCAACAAAGUGUACAAUUGAAUUCACGUGACAUGUUGGAAGAUUGCGUAAGGAAAGAAAAAGAUUAUAUGCGAUCUGCUGCUUUUGAAAAUGACCGAGCAUUUUGGGAACGGCGGUUCGCAAUCUGUCCAGAAGAAACAUCAUUUGGUUUAAAACCAACGGAAGACAUAGUCGAGUUUGUUCCCCAACUUGCAAAAGUAUCAGCCGUCAGUAUUUCAAGUGAGGCCGUUGGACAAAUACAGCACAUGUGUCAUGAAUAUGGGGUUACAGAAUUCCAAUACAUACUUGCAUGUUUUCUUCUUGUUGCACAGCGGUACACUGCAAAGGAAGAAUUACUGCUUGCUGUACCUAUUUCAAACAGGAUCUCUGAUAGUAUAGAAAAAGACGGACUGUUUGUUAAUACAGUCUUAUUUCGUUACAAAAUGCCAAUGGAGAAAACCCUAAGAGAACACAUUAAGAGCGUUGCUGAAGAAUGGAUGGAUUCAUUUUCUCACUCCAGAUAUCCUGUCAACUACGUGGGCCAUGCCAUCUGGCAAAAACAUGGAAUAAGCAUAUCAUCAGUGUGCAAUGUGAUGUUCAACUUUGCAACAUUUGAGAUAGAAGAUGACGAAGUGUAUGUCAAACCUAUACAUGCAAAGAUGCCCUUCAGCUUGGAUGUAGUAAAAGAUAAAACGGGAUUGAGGCUGGUCUGUGAAUAUGCAGAGCAAUUGAUCCAAGGAUACACUGUUGACAAUAUCCUCCGCGCACUCGUGAAUGUUCUCGGUAACGGACAAGCCAAUGAAGAGCUGAAUCUGAAAGACAUUGAGUUUCUUGCAGACGACGAAGUGAAAACAUUGGGUUCAUUUUCAGCUUCGAGGGUUGAGGCUGAGAGAAGUCCUCAUGUAUUCAAAAUGUUUUCAGAAAAUGCUAAAUCAUCACCAGAGGCCACAGCUCUGAGUUUCAAAGGAACCAAAACUUCAUACAGGGAAUUGAUGGACCUUGUAAAUGCAAUUGCUGUACGAAUAUUGCAAACAAUUGAUGCGCAUGAGUUACAGCAGAAGCCUACACUUAUUUACAUGAGCAAAACUGAAAAGGCCAUUGCAGCAAUAUUGGCAGUUUGGAAAAUAGGCGGAUACUUUAUGCCUUUAUCAACAAUGUACGUUUCAAAUAUUCGGGAUGUCAUCGAAUCAGUCAGACCGUGUGCUGUCUUGGUAGAUGAAAAUGUGGAUAAAAAUGUUGAUAGUAUGCAAAACUGCAAUAUCAUCAACGUCAAUGAUGUACAAAUCGACUCACUUAUUGAAUCGGACACAUUGCCAACAAUGCAAUUGGAUCCUGACCAGCCGGCAUACAUGAUUAGAACAUCAGGGUCGACAGGAACACCAAAGAAUAUACGUAUUAGCCAUAAAGGGCUUGCUAUUGUUGCAUCAGCCUGGAGAUGUGAGUACAAAAUGUCCCAAUUUCAUGUCAGUUUGCUUCAGUGGGCGCCCAUGUCGUUUGACGUUUUUAUUGGAGACAUUGUCAGAGGACUUUGUUGUACAGCAGGGAAUGUAGUUGUUUGCCCGGAUAGUAUGCGUCUUGACACCGAAUAUAUCAUUUCACUCAUAGUCCAAGAAAAAAUAUCAAUCGCAGAGGUGACUCCACAGUUUGGUAUAAUGCUGACUCAAAGGGCAAAGAACAAAGAAUUGGAUUCGCUGAAAAUUUUCAUAUUGGGAUCUGAUAUCCUUCAAAAAGAAGUAUACAAUAAAGUGAAAGGUAAACUUAGUCCUCACCAAAGACUUUUAAACAGCUAUGGAAUGACAGAAGCUGCUAUUGAUUCUUCGUUUUUCGAAGGCAACACAAUUCCACAGACACGUGGUGGAGUAAUACCAAUUGGUAAACCAUUGCCAGGAGUAGUUCUUAAAGUGCUUGAUCCAAUCACAUUACGACCAUGUCCUGUUGGAGUAGUGGGAGAGCUUUAUAUUGGUGGUGAUGUCGUAGGAUCAGGUGAAGUUAACAUUUUAGAGAUGGGAAAUGAAGAAAGAUUUUUGAAGACCGGCGACUCUGCAUGUUGGUUGUACUCAGGUGAUGUAGAAUUAUGCGGUCGAAAAGACACCAUGAGAAAGCUGAGAGGUUUUCGCAUCGAUAGCUCCCAUAUUGAAAACACAAUUAUAAGGAACUGUGCUAAUGUUACUGAUGCGACAGUGGCCGUGUUGACGGAUAGAAAGUACGGACAAGAACACGAUUAUCUAUGUGCAUUCAUUGUGAAGGCUUCCAAAACUGAGGAGGAGGCUGAACAGAAACGUUUUGUAAAGGACAAGGUUCGCGAAAUCCUUCCAUACUAUAUGGUCCCCGACUUCGUUGAAUUUGUUGAUAAAAUCCCCCUCUCGCAGAAUGGCAAGGUUGAUAGAAAACGGCUUCCAACAAUUCAAGAACUGUUAUUAAACAGAACUAUUAACAGUAAACCGAAGGAAGUCACUUACCAAAACAGAAAUGACUUGAAAGCGUUGUUCGCUGAAUCUUUAGGUGUUGAGUCUGAAUUAAUUGACGACGAUCUUACAUUUAUGGAACAAGGUGGGCACUCUUUGAUCCUGAUGAAAUUCUGCUCCCUUAUAAAUGAAAGGACGAAUCUUGAGAUAGGCAUUGUUGAAAUAUUUUCCUUUCCAUCGAUUACCCUUUUGUCAGAGAGAACAAUGACGACACACCAGAAAGUAUCUAUAAAACCACUUCUCAAUCAGACGGAGAGCUGUCAUAAGACCAAAGAUGACACUUGCGACAUCGCAAUUUGUGGAGUCGGACUUCGUCUUCCCAACGGGACUUGCUCUAUUACAGAGUUUUGGGAUCUGAUUGAAAACAAGAAACAUUUACUUUCUAGUUUUCCAAGCCAGAGAAAGAGCGAUGUCUUAGAUUGUUCAGAUCCGGUACUUUCGAACACUCUACGAGAGGCAGAAGAGUUCAAAGGCGCAUUCCUUGCUGAUAUUGACAAGUUCGACAACGAGGCAUUUUCUAUUUCGUCAACAGAAUCACAAUCAAUGGCCCCGGAGCAGAGAAUCUUCCUUGAAGUCGCAUCAGAGACACUAGCUCAAGGAACCGAUAUAUCAAAAAUUAAUGGCAGCAAUAUAGGAGUGUUCCUUAGUCAAACGGAGAUAGGUUAUGCCAGACUGAAUCACAAUGGUGAAGCAACUGCCAUAUCUGGAUUAAUGCCAGGUAUGAUUGCUACAAGAGUGGCUUACCACUAUAACUUAAAGGGACCAACCAUGUUAGUUGAUACAGCCUGCAGUUCUGGAAUAUCUGCUCUGAAAGCUGCUUGUAGUUCUAUAGAAACAGGCGAAUGUGAUGCAGCUCUUGUUGGCGGAAUGAAUAUUGUCCUGUAUCCAUCAAGAACAGGCGUGCAUGGAGACAACGGUAUACUCUCACCAGAUUUCGUGUGCAGGCCCUUUGAUAAAAAUGCCAAUGGUACAAGUGUCGGCGAAGGAGUAAUUUGCUUUUAUGUAGAACCACUUCAAAGAGCACUUGAACAAAAUAAACAUAUAUAUGGUGUCAUUAAGUCAAUUUGCACAAAUAGUGUCGGGAAAGGAAACGGUAUCACAGCCCCGACGGCACUAUCACAGGAAGCCGUUAUUCGCAGUGCACUGGAUAAAGCUAGCAUUUCGCCGAAUGAUGUAUCGUUCAUUGAAGCGCACGGAACUGGGACUGUACUUGGUGACAGUAUCGAAUUGACGGCUUUAUCAACAGUAUUCAGCAAGCACGAAUUGAAAUCGAAGGUUCCCAUUGGCUCUGUGAAAGGCAACUUGGGUCAUUUAGAUUACGCUGCUGGAUUUGCCAGUCUACUCAAGAUCAUUGCUGGUUUUAUGUUUAAAACAAUCCCUCCCUCUGUCAAUUUCAAAGACCCACACAAAGAACUUUUGGAUUCGGCAUUAUAUGUUCCUUCAAAGCCUGAACUGUGGCGAGAAUCAAAGAGUUUGAGAUAUGCUGGUCUCAGUGCGUUUGGACUGACAGGCACAAACACUCACAUGAUACUAUCAGAUGUAAUCCAGAUUGAUGCAAACCCAAUGCCUACGACAGCUGUACCUUUAUUACUAUGCGGUGCAACACAUGAGCAUGUAACAGCACAGGCUAUCGCAUAUAAAAAGCUGAUUCAACAGACAGUCGUGAAGCAUAAAAUCAACACGAUUCAAGGGAUUACAACUUCGAUAGCCGUUAAACUGAACCAGAUUCAAAAGAAUAGAUCACUUCAUAUAGAGCACCGUGUUGUUAUUCUGGAAACUGAUCCAGAAAAACUACUUCAAAUAUUAAACCUUGUCAGCAAAUGCGACGAUGGAUCAAAGGUUAGACAACUAGAGCAUCACUAUUUUAUACUUUCAUCAUGUCCUAAUUUACCAUGGGAUGGGGUAAACACGAAAAAUGACGUGGAUGCGGGAGUGGACGCAUUUUUGACAUCUUCGGUUGUCAACAUUUCCGCCUUGGUUGAUAACAGCAAAUUUAAUCCACUUUUUUGUGCGCCUGGAGUGGUACUUUCGAUUUUCAACUCAAAGCGUCACUGGAUACGACCUUGCUUGAACAGACCUCGGAGUCAUCUUGGUUUAAUAGACAUCUUAAAUGAGAAAGUUAGCAAAACACAAGAACUCGUCCGCACUCUAAAUCUGACACCAACUGAGGAUCUGCUGGAAUACGAAGCAAAGUUUUGUUGUUCAAUAAUUAUGAACUUACUGAAAGAGACCGAGCUGAAAGAAGUCAUAGAAAACCAGAAAGAAAUCACUCUUGAGGAGUCUUUUUCUAAGACGGGGAUGCUGGCGAAGUAUGACAAACUAUUUUUCAUCAUGAUCAGAGAACUUUUUAAUUUCAACUUGGUGAAGUCAAAUGGUACUGAUUCUGGGCGAUUAAACCUCGAUGUGUAUUCAUUCCGAUGCCGAGAUAUACAUCUGCCUUCCCCGAAAAAGAUUGCAGAAGAAGCCCUGGCUAAGCACCCACAGUGGGCGGACUGUUUCAAAUUCCCUCUCCACUGUUCUCAACAUUUAAAGCAAGUGUUAUGGGGCCACCUCAGUCCUUUAUCAGUGAUAUAUCCCCAAGGAGACCUGAACUUCAUGUACCAGUUUGACAAACUCGGGGAUCUUCUCGGGGAUGUUUACUACAACAUGUACAUGCAAAUCAUUGUGGAAUAUGCUGCCAGACUGUCUGCGAAGGGAAAGACGGUCCGGAUACUAGAGGUUGGGGCCGGAAUGGGUCACGUGACUCGACAGUUAUUGCUAAGCCUCUUCGAGUUACCGAAUAUAGAAUAUUGGUUCACAGACCUUGGGCGAGCGUUUGUCGAGAAUGCAAAAACCCUGUUUGAGAAGUACACGUCAAUGAUGAGAUUUUCUACAUUCGAUAUCACGAAAAAUGCCGUUAAACAAGGUAUUCUGGGAUCGUACGACAUCGUUAUCUCUUACAAUGUGAUACACACCACGGAGAGCGUUUAUCAAUCUGUCAAAAACCUCAAAACAUGUCUAGGCGAGGAUGGCGCGUUGUUUAUAAUUGAGAGCGCCAAGAACGAAACAUGGGCUACGCUUGCCUGGGGCAUUCUAGAUGGAUGGUGGUACUUCAAGGAUUACGACUUGCGACCCUAUGAACCGAUGUUGGAGCCCGAGAAAUGGGAAGAAGUUUUGAAGAAAUCCGGUUUUCGUUCCGUUCACUCUUGUCCUAUGGAUGCAGAAGAAAGAAAGCAUGUUGAGAAGUUUUUAUUCGUCUGUACAAACAAACCCAAACAUGCAGAAUUUAUUCCAGCACCGACGGAUGGUUGGUGGAAAUCUAUUGAUUUGACUGCUCGUCGACAUGCAGACUUCGACACUGAUUUCUCCGGAAGUGAUGAAAGCGGUUUAGGGGAUGAUGUGAAGUUGUCGAAAUCAGCUGUCAAAACCGAGUUGAAGAGAAUCUGGUGCGAGUUGUUAGAUAUGAACCAUAUAAACGACGAGGAAGAUUUCAAUGCAUUGGGUGGUGAAUCUCUACUGGCUAUACAAAUGAUCACAAUGGUGCGGAAACGAAUCGGCUUUCAGCUCGAGAUAGCCGACACUUUCUGUUAUACCUCUCUAGGAAGUCUCGGGGAGUAUAUAUCAGACCAAUUAGAACCUGAGGCGAGCGAGAGAUCAAAUAAUGAAUCAUCCACAAGCAGCAGUGAGAGCGAAAUGCCGACUAAGACAGCCUUCCAAACACAUGAACAGCAAGCUGAUAAAGUCGGUUUAAAAUGUUUGCUUAUGUUCCCCGGACAGGGCUCUCAGAAAGUCGGCAUGUGCAGAUCGAUGAAAGACAGUGAACCGGCUAAACGAAUCUUCAGUAUCGCAGAGGGUAUACUUGGUUACAAUAUACUUGACAUUUGUACAGGUCCUGAAGACAUUCUAAAAGAGAGACUAUUGUCGACAGAGUUCGUGCAAGUUGCUUUGUUUGUAAGCUGUUUGGCCAAGAUUUCUCAACUACAGUUUGAACAUUCAGAAGUGACAAGGGCUGUCACGCAUGUUGCCGGAUUGAGCGUCGGAGAGUUUGCAGCCUUGGUUUAUGCAAAGGUACUUCGAUUCGAAGAUGCUCUCGUACUUGUACAGCGUCGGGGAAUGGCGAUGGAGAAGGAGGUAUUAAAGGCUUCGACAGCGAUGGCGAGUGUCCUUGGACCACCAAAAGGUGCGCUUGAGUUGUUCCUUAAAGAAUAUGUCCCUGCGGCCGUGAUUUCCACAUGCCUUGCUGAUAAUCAACACACUGUGGCGGGGACACAAGCCGAUGUUGAACGUCUGAUACGUUUGAUGUCGUCUGCUGAAAACGAUUUAUCCGUUAUCGACGUACGUAGACUUCAAGUCGCGGGCGCCUUCCAUUCAUCCUAUAUGAGCGAUGCUGAAAACGAGAUAAAACACUUGAUAGACGAGUGCGAGUUCAGAAAACCCGAAGUUCCCAUUAUAAUGAAUGUGACUGGGCAGCUGUGUGAUGAUCCAAGGGAGAUAAAAAUAUUGAUAUCUCGUCAAAUUGUCGAGACUGUACAGUGGAAGGACUCCAUGAUUACGGCGUAUGAAGAAGGGGUUCGACGAUUCAUCGAGGUAGCUCCGGCUCGCGUUCUGUCAUCCAUUGUCCGAGCAAGGAUUGGAAAAUGCAAAGGCUGCUCGAGUGAACUUAUUAACAUUUAAUCACGUGUGAUAUGAUGUAAUUAUUUCAGUAACAAUAAAUAAAGACUUAAGUUUCAAUAUUUCGCAAAAAAAAAAAUGUGAAAGAAGACGAUAUAACGCGAAAUAUUUCUUUUUAUAAACACUUAAGCAUUUCCUGAAUUUAGAAGAUGUAGAUAUUUUUUAUUUGUUUGUUAUUCUUGAAAUAGUAUAAAAGCCCGAAAUAUUGAAACAUAUGUAUUAAGUUAAUGAUACUUAUGUAAUAAUCACCUUGGAAAAAAUCAACAACAAUUGUAAUUAUUUGACUAGUCCAAUUCCAAAGCAUCGUUAAUUUAAAACAAUGAUGCUUAAAAAUAUAGGAUAAAGCAAGUUAAAUGCAUGAACAAUAAAGGUAUGCUGACCAUGCUAUAUACUGGACCAAAGCGUGUUUAUAAUAAUUGUUCGAUGGCUUACCUACCUAUAUCAGUAUAUUAUCAGCCGAUACAUUCACCGUUUGAAACAGUGACAUUAUCACUUCCUGUAACGGAAAUUUGUAAAUGUCAGUCAACUUAUGUUUAUUUCGUUCUGGCUUUGGUAUAUCCUCAAACUAUAAAAAGUUUUUUUUUACAUAUUUAAUGAAAAUAAAUUCGUAAACUUCAUUUCGUCUGAAUGCUUUUUGCAAAUUCGAGAUUAACUUAUGUCAGGAAUAUACUUAAACACUAUUUCUUUCGAAAGCCCUUUGAGAAUUACAUAAUCUACCAAGUAUUCUUUACAGCGGUAAAAAGUAUAUCACGUGAUCUGUCAAAUUUAGGGUUCAUCAGAUGAUAGCGAAUUUUAAUUUGGCUGACACUAAACACAUUUAUACAAGGAACAGAACAUGUGUUUGUUUCGAUGUCAGAUCGAAAUGUAUUUCAUCUCGUGACCUCGUGAAAAUAUUAGCUCUAGAGAUCACUCGAUGAAAUAUAUUUGGAUCCUACACCUAAACAAAACAUGUAGUCUCUAUGUAUCAUAUGAUCGGUCUCUAAACAAAACAUGUAGUCUCUAUGUAUCAUAUUAUCGAUCUCUUAACAAAACAUGUAGUCUCUAUGUAUCAUAAGAUCGAUCUCUUAACAAAACAUGUAGUCUCUAUGUAUCAUAUGAUCGAUCUCUUAACAAAACAUGUAGUCUCUAUGUAUCAUAUGAUCGGUCUGUAAACAAAACAUGUAGUCUCUAUGUAUCAUAUGAUCGGUAUGUAAACAAAGUAUGUAGUCUCUAUGUAUCAUAUGAUCGGUCUGUAAACAAAACAUGUAGUCUCUAUGUAUCAUAUGAUCGGUCUCUAAACAAACCAUGUAGUCUCUAUGUAUCAUAUGAUCGAUCUCUUAACAAAACAUGUAGUCUCUAUGUAUCAUAUGAUCGAUCUCCUAACAAAACAUAUAGUCUCUAUGUUUCAUAUGAUCGGUAUCUAAACAAAACAUGUAGUCUCUAUGUAUCAUAUGAUCGGUCUCUUAACAAAACAUGUAGUCUCUAUGUAUCAUAUGAUCGGUCUCUAAACAAAAUAUGUUGUCUCUAUGUAUCAUAUGAUCGAUCUCUUAACAAAACAUGUAGUCUCUAUGUAUCAUAUGAUCGGUCUCUUAACAAAACAUGUAGUCUCUAUGUAUCAUAUUAUCGGUCUCUAAACAAAACAUGAAGUCUCUAUGUAUCAUAUGAUCGUUUUCUAAACAAAACAUGUAGUCUCUAUGUAUCAUAUCAUCGGUCUCUAAACAAAACAUGUAGUCUCUAUGUAUCAUAUGAUCGGUCUCUAAACAAAAUAUGUAGUCUCUAUGUAUCAUAUGAUCGAUCUCUUAACAAAACAUGUAGUCUCUAUGUAUCAUAUGAUCGGUCUCUUAACAAAACAUGUAGUCUCUAUGUAUCAUAUUAUCGGUCUCUAAACAAAACAUGUAGUCUCUAUGUAUCAUAUGAUCGGUCUCUUAACAAAACAUGUAGUCUCUAUGUAUCAUAUGAUCGGUCUCUAAACAAAACAUGUAGUCUCUAUGUAUCAUAUGAUCGGUCUCUUAACAAAACAUGUAGUCUCUAUGUAUCAUAUGAUCGGUCUCUUUCUUAAAGGGCGUAACGUAAACUGGAGUUACGUCCUGGUCGAUCGAGAUCGAUGAUAUGCACAUUCAUAAUGUGACAAUGUUACUCAUUCAAUUUGCAUUCAAAUAACUUGUUAUCUUUAAUACGAUUCGAAUUUACUCAAAGUAUUAAAUUGAAAUUUGUGCUUAUUGAAAUCAUCAGCAUGUUACAUUUUUUUUAAUGGAAAUUUAUAAUUUAAUCUUGAAAUUGAGUAGAAAUCAGAGUGACAAAGAGAAUUAUUAAAUUGUUUGUUGCAAGUAAUUUUUCCGUUUGUCACGAUGAUUUCUUAAGUAUUUUAAUACAGAUGUGUUAAAACGAGUAUGUCGUUGGUCUCGAUCGAAAAGGACGUAACGUCAACUUGUGAGAAGCUGACAUUGAGUCCUUUUCGGUUGACACCGAGCAUUUAGGAAUAAAAGGUUAAUUUAUAAACGAAACCCUCUCACUUGCAUACUACCACGUGUAUAGUUUAACAAUAUGUGUAGCGUAUUACCUUAUUGACCAAUGUAAUCACGUGUAUAGUUUUACAAUAUGUGUAGCGUAUUACCUUAUUGACCAAUGUAUUCACGUUUAUAGUUUUACAAUAUGUGUAGCGUAUUACCUUUUUUACCAAUGUAUUCACGUGUAUAGUUUUACAAUAUGUGUAGCGUAUUACCUUAAUGACCAAUGUAUUCACGUGUAUAGUUUUACAAUAUGUGUAGCGUAUUACCUUAUUGACCAAUGUAUUCACGUGUAUAGUUUUACAAUAUGUGUAGCGUAUUACCUUAUUGACCAAUGUAUUCACGUUUAUAGUUUUACAAUAUGUGUAGCGUAUUACCUUAUUUACCAAUGUAUUCACGUGUAUAGUUUUACAAUAUGUGUAGCGGAUUACCUUAUUGACCAAUGUAUUCACGUGUAUAGUUUUACAAUAUGUGUAGCGUAUUACAAUUACAAUUACUGACAUUAAUUUUUAGAUAAUUAGAUAAAGAAUGACAUUCUUGACAAUUGACUGUACACAUUGCUGUUCUGCAUUUAGUUUUGUGGUAUACAAUUAUGUAUUAAGUGCAACUUGAUUUGUAUCAAAUUAAAUAGUUUUCAGUGAAAUAAACUCCAUUUUCCUUCAUAAGAACUUGCACAAUUGUUAAUAUGUUAAAAUUAUUUCUGGUGGACUGGGGUUUUACAAAGGAAUUCCAUAAAAGAAGUUAUUUCAAACUAUUUUUCCCAAUUGUUGUACAAAUAUAACAUUGUAAAUUUAAUUUAUGAUUAUUAUACCACUCCAAUCAAAGUUUGACAGGGAGUAUAUUUGAGUCACUCUAGUGGUGGUUUGUUUCUUUGUCUAUCCAGAUGAAAUGUUACAAGUUUGUGUAGGGAACUUCUCCAUUCAUGAACUGAUUGAAUUGAAACUUGAAGUAUGUAAUAAUCAAGUAGAUGAGAAAGACUUGUUAAUGCCCAGUUCUCCUGUGUUGGCAGAAGCAGAAAAUGUUCUCCAUUUGUAGAGGAUACUACUUCCACUUUUCUCAAGCUAUUUAAUGUAAACUUGAAAAAUGUUAUUAUAUUGUAGUGUUGAUUUAAUGUAAACUUGAAAAAUGUUAUUAUAUUGUAGUGUCGAUUUAAUAUAAACUUGAAAAAUGUUAUUAUAUUGUAGUGUCAAUAUGAAGGACACUUUUUUAUGCCCAUUUAUCCACACUCCCAUGAGAAAUAUUCCAGUGAACUUGUUUUAUAGCAAAAGCAUAACAUGUAUUUUUAACUUAGAUGUGCUUAUUUUAUUAGAUAUCUAUAUGUUUAUUUUGCAGUGCCAUAUUUUGUAUGUGUAUAUAUAUCCUUCUUGAAAAACAACAACAUAUUUUUUGUCAUCCAAAUAAAAUUCAAUUCGAAGUGAAGAGUGAUUUAGAAGCGCCUGUUUUAUUAUAAAAUAAAACACAAGCCACUUCACCAUAACAAAAACAUGUUAGUGUAUAUGAAAAUAUUUUCUUGUGAAUUUAUAGAUUUGUUAUGUGUAUAUAUAUAUAUAUAUAUAUAUAUAUAUAUAUAUAUAUAUAUAUAUAUAUAUAUAUAUAUAUAUAUAUAUAUAUAUAUAUAUUGCAUUUAAUGUUCUUUUCAUGCAAACAAGAUAUGGUCCCCAUACUACUGCAUUGAAUGUGCAUUAAAUUUAUUUUUUGAGAGGGAUUAUUAAAUUAUUGUCCUUGUAUAAUAGUGUAAGAAAUGUCUGUAAGACAGAGUAACCUAGUUAAAUGUCUUUUGUAAUGAAUGUUGUAUUUAAUUAGUAAAUGAAAAACUUUGUAAAUUAUAAUUGUAACAAUAAUAUAACAAUUAUUGUAACCAUAACAGGACUUUCAUUAUAUAAGAGAUAUGAGUGAAAAGUUCAAUAAAACUAAAGUGUUUCUUAAUCUGAAUGAAAAUCUUUUGGGAAUGAGAUAGCUCACCUUAGCACAAUUAUAUCAUGAUGAGCUUUUGUCAUUGCCUGUGUCUAUUGUUCUUCAUAAGUUGUCAGUUGUAUGAAGUCAACAAUUACCUUGUGAAUACUUAAAAGGCCAAUUUUUUUGCCCAAUCUUCAUGAGACUUGGUCCAAACAUUUUUCCCAAGGCUGGUUGAUAACAUUGUUUAUAUAGUCUUGUAUUGCAAAAAGAUUUUGUAAAUUAAGUUCUGUGUAGCUGCACUUCCCAUUGGUAUUUUUUCUGGUAUGUAAUUUUUGUUCUCAUUGUGCCUCUGGGGACUAUACCCUGACACAUUGUUAAUAACAAAAGCAAAAUUACAAAAUUUGUAUCCUCAAAAGUAUUUCACAAAAGAGCCAUCCAGCGCCAUCUUUUUAGCUCACCUGAGCACAAUGUGCUCAUGUUGAGCUUUUUUGAUCGCCUUUUGUCCGUCUUCCGUUGUCCGGUGUCCGUCUUGCGAUGUCAACAUUUGCCUUGUUCACUCUCUACAGGCCACAUUUAUUGUCCAAUCUUCAUGAAAUUUGGUCAGAAGAUUGGUUUCAAUGAUAUCUUGGAUGAGUUCGAAAAUGGUGACGUUUGCUUGAAAAACAUGGCUGCCAAGGGGUGGGGCAUUUUUCCUUAUAUGGCUAUAUAUGGCUAUAGCAAAAUCUUGUUAACACUCUAGAGGCAAAAUUUAUUGUCCACCCUCAUAAAACUUGGUCAGCAGAUUCAUCCCAAUAAUAUCUUGGAUGAGUUCGAAAAUGAUGUCGGUUGGUUGAAAGGGGCGGGGCUUUUUUCCUUAUAUGGCUAUAUAUGACUAUAGUAAAAUCUUGUUAACACUCUAGAGGCCACAUUUAUUGUUGAAUCUUCAUGAAACUUGGUCAGAAGAUUAAUCCCAAUAAUAUCUUGGACGAGUUCUUCGAAAAUAAUGCUGGUUGGUAGAAAACAUAGUCGCCAAUGGGCGGGGCAUUUUUCCUUAUAUGGCUACAUAAGGCUAUAGUAGAAUCUUGUUAACACUUUAGAGACCACAUUUAUAGUCUGAUCUUCAUGAAACUCGGUCAGAAGAUUCAUCCCAAUAAUAUCUUGAAAGAUUCAAAAAUGAUGCCGGUUGGUUGAAAAACAUGGCCACUAUGGGGGCGGGGCUAUUUUCCUUAUAUGGCUAUAGUAAAACCUUGUUAACACUCUAGAGGUCACAUUUAUUUACCGAUCAUCAUGAAACUUGGUCAGAAGAUUUGUCCCACUGAUAUCUUGGAUGAGUUCAGACAAUGGUUUUGGUUGCUUUAAAAACAUGGCCACCAGGGGUGGGGCAUUUUUCCAUAUAUUGCUAUAUUUGGCUAUAGUAAAACCUUGUUAACACUCUAGAGGCCACAUUUAUUGUCCAAUCUUCAUGAAAUUGGUCUGAAGAUUGGUCUCAAUGAUAUCUUGGAUGAGUUUGAAAAUAAUUAUGUUUGCUUGAAAAAAAUGGCUUCCAAGGGGCGGGGCAUUUUUCCUUAUAUGGCUAUAGUAAAAUCUUGUUAACACUCUAGAGGCCACAUUUACUGUCCCAUCUUCAUGAAACUUGGUCAGAAGAUUCAUCUGGAUAAUAUUUUGGAAGAGUUCAAAAAUGAUGCUGGUUGGUUGAAAAACAUGGCUGCCAGGGGGCGGGGCAUUUUUCCUAAUAUGGCUAUAGUAAAACCUUGUUAACACUCUAGAGGCCACAUUUAUUUUCCGAUCUUCGUGAAACUUGGUCUGAAGAUUUAUCCCAAUAAUAUCUUGUUAUCUCAGGUGAGCGACUUUGGGCCUUUCAGGCGCUCUUGUUUACUUUUGUUAAUGAAAGUCCUGUUCAUUUGUUUAUUUAUAGGCAACAUCAGUGAAAUAUUUGUAUAACAUCACAGACAUAUUGUUUUUAGAAUAUUGCUUGUGACAACAUUGAUUUGUUUAUAUGAACACUCAAGAGUUAACAUUUGUAAAGCAAAAACAAACGUCUGUUAAAGAACAACAACUUAAAACUAAUAUGUUGAUGUUACCUAUUGUCAACCAAUAAUAUAUUGACAAUUGAUUUUGUUGUUAUGCAGUUUUGUGUAUUUAACUUUUCUAUGUAUGGAUGUUGAAAUAAAAUUUCUUGAAAAAGUAUAA